AUGAAUCGACCACCUCCGGAUUCUCCAAUCGAUCUUCGUGCACUUAUUCUCUAUGACAAUUAUCAAAUGAAAUCCGCUGGAACUUCAUAUAAAAACUAUGAAAAGCUGUGUGAAGCAAUGGGAAAAGAAGCGAUUUCAUAUGAAGAAUAUAAAUAUUGGUUCAAAAAGUAUUCCAAACAAAGAGAAAGAGAUGAUCUCCCAAAACCAGACAUUCGUGGAUGCAUCCUUUCUGAUGUCAUCAAUGGAAAAACUGCAGAAAAAUCAAUCGAUAACUUGUGUAAAACAUUCAAAGACCAUAAAAUCGAUAAAGAAGAUCAUGACUAUUGGUUCAAAAGAUUUGAAAACGGUGACUUAUUCAAUCAAGUUACAUUUUCCAAUUUGCCGGAAGAUUUGAUCACUGAAAUUGUGGAGAAAUGUGAUUUGGUGUCAUUUUUUCAACUCCGAAACGUGUCACAUGGCCUUCGAAGCAUUGUCGAUCACACAAAACCACCAAUUACACAUAUCAUAGUAGAAUGUGGAGGAAACCACGUAUCUUUCAAGCUAAACAAUCAAAUAUUAGUAUAUUUUACUGAUCGUAAAAGUGUGGAUCUUUCUAAAGUAUAUUUUAAACAUUUGUACAAGUUUGAGGACGAUGACUACACUAAGAUGGCAUUCAACUAUUUGGAGAUGUUACUGAAAAAUCCGAAACUUCAAUUGAACUUUCUUCAAGUUGAAAUUCGCAAUGAUAUCUCAAAGAAAAGCUUUCCAAUCUUUCGUGAUCUUCUCACCUCAUUGAGCCAUAAAAUCCACGUGGAACACUUUUUCCUUUCUGUUCCAAAGUACGAAGAUAUCACUACUGUGGUAAAAUGUAUGAAACCUGGAAUACUCGAACGAUUGAUAGUGUUCGGGUGCAAAGGCGGAGAGCUGUCGAAUAUUGAUGAAUUGGUCGAGAUGGAACAAUGGAAACAAGCUAAGUUGUUCUCGUACGAGAAUCUUCUAGACACAUCGAUCGAACACUUCUUCCAUUUCGACGAGUUUUAUAUCAAUAUUGUGUCGUUGUCGAUUGAAGACGUACUGAAUCUGUCACACGCUCUUUCCAAUUCGCCCAAUUUUGAGAGCUGUCGAGUAAAAGUUAAAAGAUACGAUCAGGAAGCUGUCAUGAACGCGCUACGUCUUCAUCAGGGCUGUUUCUCAGAACUCUUUCCAAAUCUUUUAUUCUAUCUUUACCCAAAUUCUAUUGAAAUAGCUGAUAUUUAA